CACACCGUCACCACGCUCUGCCAGUACACCAUGAUUUCCUCCGACGACCGCCCCAUGCCCAGGCUCUUUCUAAUUCGCCAUGGCGAGACGGAAUGGAGUCUGAAUGGCCGCCAUACCGGACGUACCGAUAUCCCACUGACCGCCCGCGGUAUUGAGCAGAUAAAAGAGAAAGCGCAGAUGCUUGUGGGCGAAGGAAAGGUCCUCGAUGUCAAGAACCUCUGCACCGUGCUCGUAUCUCCGCGCCAGCGCGCGCACAAGACCUUCCACCUGCUCUUCGAGCACGUCACCCCACCACCCCACAUGGUCACUGAGACCGUGAGGGAAUGGGAUUAUGGCGACUACGAGGGCCUCAAGCCCGCCGAGAUCAAGCAGCGGAAACCCGACUUCAACAUCUGGACCGACGGCUGCCCCGGCGGCGAGAGCGUCGAGCAGAUGUGCGCGCGCGUCGACGACGUGAUCAAGACCGUCCGUACCUACCACACCGAGUACUUCCACGAGGGCAUGAACACCCGCGACGUCAUGAUCGUCGCGCACGGCCACUUCUCGCGCUGCUUGAUCGCGCGCUGGCUGGGUAUGCCGCUUGCGUUCGGUACGAAGCUGAACGUCGAGCCCGGAGGGAUCGCUGUGCUGUCGUACAACCACCACCGUCUUGAGGAGCCUUCAAUCAACGCCCUCAAUCUGUACGCCACUGUAAUUUGAGACGACAGAAGUAUAGAACCGUAGACAGUGAAGAGACGACCUUUACGAGAAUUUUGCCUUGCCAGUCCGACUCGCCUAUGUGCGCACCCCAGGUCCACAGCGCCACGCCAGUGGUUUCAAACACCAAUAGAUAUGGUCAUAAAUAAUGCUCAUCGUAUCCUCUUCCUCCUUA